GGUAUUUAAAAAGGUCCGUCGCCCCGACUUAGGAGCCACGGGAUUGGAGAUCCAAUUCGGGUUUUGGAACAGCGCGGCUACAACGUACCCCAACACCGACUUCUCCAACUUAACCGACCCAGGACCUUUUAUCGCUGAUUUCUUAGUCGAAGGAUCGGUUGAGAACGGAAACCUUACAGGCACAUACAUGAAUGUCUUCGGACAGGAUGUUUUCAAUGAAUUCCCAAGCGUCGAUUAUACCGAUGUCACCAUCUCCAAUAAUUCGGCCCCUAUGCUUGCCCCGGCUGUAUACCCAACAGCAUUUAUCAACCCAGACGGUGCUUACUACGUACCUGCCCAAGUACCUGCUCACCAGCCUGUUCUCCCAUGCGUACAACAAACACACCAACGUACUACUUGUACGCGUUGUCCACGUACCUUCUCUCGUCGAUCGGAUCUUCCACGCCACAUGGCAUCUGUUCACGGAGUAGGACGUCGCGCUCAUCAGUGUCCCAGAACUGGUUGUGGAAAGACCUAUAGUAGAAGUGACAAGGUUUUGGAGCAUCGAAGGAAAGCAGGACAUUAAAUGGUUAAGGAUGUUGGACCGUUUGGCUUGAUAUGGAACGUUUUGAUUUGUGGUCGGUGGAUAGGUUGUGCAGAGGAGAUAUUCUUUAAUUUACUUGGUGUCGCGCUUUUUUAUGAAAAUGACUUCUCUGAGGAUGAUUUUCCAAGCGUGAAAGCUCAGAUCUGUGAUAUGUUUUUGAGUGUCUCAAUGGACUGAUACUUAGACUUUCGGUAAGCUCAGUGACUUGAAGGAUCAUCACUUUGGUCGCCAAUACCAUGACCAUAUCUCAAUGUUGGAAAGUCGUAUUUGUACUGAUUGAUAGUUUGAUCAUUCCAGCCAAAUUUACUAAAACUUUUAGCCA